AUGUCAUACAAGACAUUGUUCAUGGUCGGUCUGUUGGUGAUCGUUUUGGACAGCCAAUUGGUAUCAGCACAGGAGGACUCUAGCCAGGCAUCAAUAGACAACCCAGCCAAGCAGUAUUGUUUGGGCAACACAUUCGAUGAUUGUACAACGGCGGGCGCUUGUUGUGUCUGGUGCACAAAUGUCACAAUCACAAACACGACAGGCAGUGUCAACGUGUCGACGGGCGUCUGUGUCUACAACGAGAAGAUCAACUUUGAUGGAGUGUGUCCGGGCACCGUGUCCACACUGUUUGCUCCGACCUCAUCAGAAAAGGCUGUCUGUCCCGUUGGCUUCAGAUCAAAUGCUGCCUGCACCUGCUCCUACCCCCUCUUCUCCAAUGAUAGCAGUCCAUCAGUAUUCAAGCCAUCAUUCCUACUAUCAUUCAUACUUGUAAUACUGUCUAUAUUGUAA